AUGAAACUUACCAAACGAGUCGCAGAGGCGAACACUGGUGGAAACCCUUUUGGUAAACAGUUAUCUGAAAACCAAAAGGCAACUCCAGACUGGGAGAUUUCAUUUACCAAUGUUAACCAAGGAAAUAAUUCUGGUUCAGACGACAGAAGAGAUAACAACAAUAAGCCUAAAUGUAGCAAAUGCCAAGUUAACGAAGCUGAGCAUGGUGGAUUAGUGAUAACAAACAAAGACACUGGUGAAGAAAAAGUAAUUUACGACCAACCUAUCUGUGAACCUUGUGCUAAUGAAUUGCUUAAAUGUCAAGAAUGUAAAGCAAAGAAAGCCGAAGCAAUAAUUACUAAAAACAGCUCCGAGGUUCUAAUUUGUGAAGAAUGUCAUGAAAAACUUAAAGACCAAGAACAUCCCAAAUGUAAAGAGUGUUCCAAAGAAUUAGAGUUGCCUUUUUUUCAAAUUAUCGAUGAAAAGAUUAAAUAUUGCCUUGAAUGCUGGAAAGGAGAAGAAAAAGAUUAUCGUGAAAAUAGCUGUGAUAGAUAUGAUAAAGAAGGAAAAGUAGUUCAUGGAAUAAUUAUAGGCUAUCAUAAUGAAAAUAACUGUUGUGAUGGAAAAUGCCAAAGAAAGUUAGAUGACGAGCCAGUCGAAAAGGAUACCAUGACUUGUAAUAGAUGCCAAGAGGAAUUUUCCCAAGGCUAUGCAGUCCAUGCUCCUGAUGUUUUUUUCUGUGAGAAAUGUGCAGUUGAAAGUAAUCCUGACCGAGGAGAACCUCAGCAAGAAAAUAGGAGAAAUGAACCUCCACAACAACCAGUUCCUCAACAAGAAUCAGGUAGGUGUCCACAGUGUGGAAAAAAGGAUCCUUAUGGUCUCGGUGGCAUUUGUGAUAAUUGCCAAUAUAAAGUAAUGCAAGAAGCUCAUAGAUGUCCUGAUUGUGGCAGGAGGAGUUCUGGAGGAGAAAAAUGUAUUGAAUGUCUAAACCGUGAAAAUAGGAACCAAAGCAGAAGUGAACACAAUGAAUACACUUGUGAAAGUGAAAACUGUUCUUGUGUCGAAGAGUUUAAAAGAAGUCAUCAGCAAACUUGUGCUCAAUGUCAAAAAAGAGAAUGA